AUGGCAUCUCCACAUGCUGCUGCUGUCAGGGAAGGUGUGAGUGCUGCUGUACAGGCAUAUGAAGAAGCUGUGAAUGCUUUUGUCUACACAUAUCAAGGAAAAUUGCCUGCUUGGAUAGCCAAGUUGCUGUUUGAACCCUUCAAGAGGAAGGCCGUCGAACACUCUCAGGAAGUGAAGCAAUCCUUUGAACGCUCGAAGCAGAAGGAGAAAGAAUUGUCAUGUUCUCGGGCGAAGGCGGAGUUAAUGAAGACUAUUCUUGAAAUCAGUUUAAAUCAUUGCCUGCCGAGACCUUGA